UCCGGCAACCCUGGCACGACCUCUCACAAACUGAACUAUUUGCCUGGGAAAUUAAUUUAAUUAAUUAUUCGCCCUGCCUUAGCCAUACGUAUGAAAAAUGAUAUGCCGCCUGUGUCUGGACGAGGCGGAGCACAGUGUGCCGAUCUUCGACCAGGAAGAUGCCGCCGACUUCGCUGGGGCCUCCACCAACUUGGCCGGGCUGAUUGAAAAGCACCUGCAGAUGGUGCUCCUGCCAAAUGACGCGGUGUCCAAGUGCCUCUGCACCCAGUGCUGGCAGCAGUUGGCCGAUUUCGAGCAGUUCUGCUCGAUGGUGAUGAAAAAACAGCUGGGCCUGCCGCAGCUGAAGCAGGAACCCUUUUCCGAGGACGACGACACUAAGGCGCAAAUUCUGUGCGAGCCAGAGAUCGAUGUUAGUCCGGCAGGGCCGGACACUGAGGAGUUCAACGAGAUCGACGUGGAUGCCAGCAGCAGCCAGGCAAAGGGAAAAGUUCGCCUGCCAUCGCCCAUACGGCGCAGUAUGCGUCCCCGGUCUGCUCCAAAGACCAGAUCAGUUAAGAGCAAGGUCAAACCCAAGCGGCAGCCGGUGGAGGAGGAUGAGGACGGAGACGAGGAUGAGGAGCAAGAAACAGAUCCAGCGGUGGAUCCUGAAAGCCGCACCAGCAGCAGUCAUGAAAUGGACAGCUACAUUGCGAGUCAUGGGCGUUUGGAGUGCAACCUCUGCGGCAGUGACGACGGCCAGUUCCAGAACUUUGCCGAACUGAAGCGCCAUUUCCGCAAUCACCACCAGUCCCAGGGAUAUGUGGUGUGCUGCCAGCGGCGCUACAAGAAGCGGGCUCUCUACGUCGACCACCUGCGCAUGCACAACGAUCCGGACUACUUCAGGUGCAAGAUAUGCUCCAAGCAGCUGGUGAGCCGGAUUAGUUACGAUGUGCACAUGCUGCGCUUCCACUCCAAUGACGAAGCCUGUGUCUUUGCCUGCGACAAGUGCUCCAAAAGAUUCUCCAAACAGUUUCUGCUCACCAUUCACGCCCGGGUGCACCAGCAGGAGCGCAAGGAGCAGUGCAAACACUGCGACAGAUCCUUCCGCACUGCCGUGGAUCUGCGGUUACACAUGCGUCGCACCCACGAUCCCAGUUUUGUGCCCUUCAUAUGCGACUCGUGCGGCUCCAAGUUCAAGACGAAACAGAAUCUAUUGGUGCACAAGCGAACCGUGCAUCGGGAGGGCUCCCAGCUGCCGGAGGUGCAGUGCCAACAGUGCCAGACAUGGCUGAGCGACGAGAACAGCCUGCGCAAGCACAUGUACAUGCAUCUGGACGCUGCAUCGCUCCGGCAAUGGAAGUGCGAGCAGUGCGGCCUCGUGAAGGACUCCAGGGCCAAGUUGGCUGCGCACAUUCGUUACCACCAUCCAAAGGAGUAUCACAAGUGCUCCCACUGUGGCAAGGAGUUCAAGAGCAGUCGAGGCCUGGAAGAGCACACAGCCACUCAUACGGGCCAGGAUCUGUACGAGUGCGCCUUCUGUGAACGGACUUUCAAGAAUUCGGGUAACAUGCACAAGCAUCGCCGCCAGAUGCACGCUGCCCAGGUGGCUGCCCUGCAACAGCAGAAGAAAGUGCGCCCCAGCAAGCGGAAAGACAAGGGCGAGCUACUGCUUGGUGUCCUGGCAUCUUCCGGCGGCAAGGACAUGGACAUGGACGUGGGGAUGGGCAUGCCAAUGGGAAUGGGAACUCUGGGAGGGAGUGGAGUAAACGACUGAUUGAAUUCCAAAAACUGAAUAAAUUGUUUGGGGGUCUUUUUUUAA